CCAGGAACGAGCUGAGGCACCUGCUAUAAAUUAAGCUGUCAUAAGCUAACCAGCUAGCAGCUAGGCCUCCCCAACCAUUUUUGCAGCUCCGUUGAAGAUCGAGGAAGCAGCAGCAUGGAGCAAGAGGAUUUCAGCUCAUGGCUUGGGCUAGCAACCGGCGGCAGCGGCGGCGCUGUGAGGCGUAGCCAGGACGGUGCUGAGCGGCGCCGUGCCAAAGAAGAGACAGCAUGCGAGCGUCAACAGCUAGCGGCGAUCGGAGAGUCGGGCGGGGAAGGUGCUACUAAGCAGAGGAUAAGUGUCCGUGGCGGCGGGCGAUCGCCGUCGAACGGCCCGUGCCCGAGCGAUGGCGGCAGCGAUGACGUCGCCGGGGGAAGCACUGGCACGAGGAAGAAGCUCCGGCUCACCAAGGAGCAGUGCACCUUGCUGGAAGACAGCUUCCAUGCCCACGUCAUACUGUCUCAGGUUCAGAAGCAGGAGCUCGCACGGCGGCUGAAUCUGAGCCCGAGGCAGGUGGAGGUGUGGUUCCAAAAUAGAAGAGCCAGGACAAAGCUGAAGCAGACGGAGGUGGAGUGCGAGUUCCUGAAGCGGUGCUGCGAGAGCCUGACCGACGAGAACCAGCGGCUGAAGCACGAGCUCCUGGACCUGCAGCGGUCGGCGGGACCCAGGGCCGCCGCUGCGGCCAUGCUGAACUUCUGCCCGGCCUGUGAGAAGGUCACCCUGAAUAAUUAGCCCAUUCGAAUGGUCGACGCGAUGAGCUAGCUAGCAUACAAAGCAGUGAGUUCUUGUAGAUUAAUAUAGUGUUCUCUAUAACUUUCACGCUCUUAAAAACGUAGUACAUGAGGGGUGACAUGCCCGUUACACUGGAUCUCCAGAUUAUUAUAUAUAUAUGUAUUCAACUACACGCUAAUUUGUUUA